AUGGCGAUCGGCCCUACCAGUCCAGCCUGCCUACAGGCUCUUGCCGGCCUGGCCCCGGCCCCUAGCGGCACCCCCUCCGGCCCUUGCCGGUACCGACCCCCGACCCCUUGCCGGCCCCGCCUUCUAGUCAUCACUGGCCAUCGCCCUGCUGGCCCCCACCGGCCCCACCCUAUCGCCCCCCCUUGCCUGCCCCUCAGUCACCACCGCCAGUGCAGUUCACCACCUCCACCCGGCUCAGAAAUCAUCACCGCCGCUCGAAAAUUACCACCUCCACCCGACCCGGUCACCACCAUCGCCGUCGUCCUGCCACCUCCCUUUGGCUCCACCACCAGACCACCACCCUCUAGACUUUUUGAGGGGGGGUUCAUUUUUUGGUCAUAUCUUGGGCAUCCGGAGUCAGUUUUUGGAAAACAAAUAGGCGUCGGAAAGCUGGUUCUGAGCUGA